GAAAAAUCAAACAUACAUACACACAAGUCUCGCUAAGAGAAGGUCUUGGGAAGAAGACGAUUCGUCGAUUCAGGUUUCUGCUAUCAUCUUCCUCUUCGGGACACAGUUUCCCUUUUCCUUUCUUCGUCGGAAUCGCUUCUCUUCACUCACCGGUUGGAGAAACAGUUAAAUUCUGACAAAAAAAAAUGUCGAUUAAUAUGAGAACGCUAACGCAAGCACUAGCCAAAACGGCUGCAGUGAUUGAGAAGACGGUUCAAACCACAGUCCAGGAGGUUACAGGUCCCAAACCUCUACAAGACUACGAGCUUCUCGAUCAGAUCGGUUCCGGUGGUCCUGGUCUCGCUUGGAAGCUUUACUCCGCCAAGGCACGUGACUCCACGCGGCCUCAGCAGUAUCCAACAGUUUGCGUCUGGGUGCUUGAUAAGCGCGCUUUAUCUGAGGCUCGUGCUAGGGCGGGAUUAUCUAAAGCUGCUGAAGAUGCGUUUCUCGAUUUGAUUCGUGCUGAUUCGGGGAAGCUUGUGCGGUUGAGACAUCCCGGUGUGGUUCAUGUUGUUCAGGCGCUUGAUGAGAAUAAGAAUGCUAUGGCUAUGGUUACGGAGCCGCUCUUCGCAUCCGUGGCUAAUGCGCUUGGGAAUGUGGAAAAUGUUGAUAACGUUCCCAAAGAUCUUAAGUCCAUGGUGCGUUAGAAUUUGAGCAAUUGAGUGAGCAAAUGGAAGAUAGUUUACUGUUUCUUAUAAUUGUUGUAGGAGAUGAGCUUGUUGGAGGUGAAGCAUGGUCUUCUCCAAAUUGCAGAGACAUUGAACUUUCUUCAUAAUAACGCCCAUCUUAUUCAUCGUGCUGUAUCUCCGGAGAACGUUUUUAUUACUUCGGCUGGUUCCUGGAAGCUUGCCGGAUUUGGCUUUGCUAUUUCACAAGCACAGGAUGGGAAUUUGGAUAACUUGCAAUCAUUCCACUACUCUGAAUAUGAUGUUGAGGACUCAAUCCUGCCACUCCAACCAUCUUUAAAUUAUACUGCACCUGAAUUGGUGCGGAGCAAAACUUCUUCGGCUGGAGUUUCUUCAGAUAUUUUUAGUUUCGGAUGCCUCACUUAUCAUUUAGUGGCACGGAAACCAUUGUUUGAUUGUCAUAACAAUGUCAAGAUGUACAUGAACACAUUGAACUAUUUAACAAAUGAAACUUUCUCAUCUAUACCCUCGGACUUGGUAUCUGAUUUACAACGGAUGCUAUCAAUGAACGAGUCAUAUAGACCAACAGCUUUAGAUUUCACAGGAUCUAGUUUUUUCCGAAGCGACACUAGGUUGCGUGCCCUCCGUUUCCUUGAUCAUAUGCUUGAGAGAGACAACAUGCAGAAGUCUGAGUUCUUAAAAGCAUUAUCAGAUAUGUGGAAAGACUUUGAUUCUCGUGUAUUACGGUAUAAGGUGCUUCCUCCUCUUUGUGCUGAACUUAGGAAUUUGGUUAUGCAACCAGUGAUUCUUCCCAUGGUUCUAACUAUAGCAGAGUCUCAGGAUAAAAAUGACUUUGAGUUGACAACGCUCCCAGCCCUUGUUCCUGUCUUAAGUACUGCUACGGGUGAUACAUUACUGUUGCUUAUAAAGCGUGCAGAGCUAAUUAUUAACAAGACUAAUGCAGAGCAUCUUGUAUCACAUGUCCUCCCUUUGCUUCUCCGAGCCUACAAUGAUAAUGAUGUCCGGAUACAGGAGGAAGUUCUGAAAAGAUCUACAUCUGUUGCUAAACAACUCGAUGGUCAGGUUGUAAGGCAAGCAAUUUUGCCUCGUGUUCAUGGCUUGGCUCUCAAAACCACAGUUGCUGCCGUCAGAGUAAAUGCUUUGCUUUGCUUAGCAGAGCUGGUUCAAACACUUGAUAAACUCGCUGUUACUGAAAUUCUGCAAACAAUUCAACGCUGUACUGCUGUUGAUCGUUCUGCACCGACCCUUAUGUGUACUCUUGCAAUCGCAAACGCAAUUCUCAAGCAGUAUGGAGUUGAAUUCACUUCAGAACACGUACUUCCCCUGAUUAUACCACUUCUCACUGCCCAACAAUUGAAUGUCCAACAGUUUGCCAAAUAUAUUCUAUUUGUCAAAGAUAUUCUCAGGAAAAUAGAGGAAAAAAGAGGAGUUACCGUAAAUGAUUCUGGAGUCCCAGAAGUAAAACCAGGCUGUGUGGCGGAUGGGCUUCAGUUUCAAACACCAACCAAAAAAACUGAAAAGGUUGCUUCUGCAGCAAAGAACAGUCCAGCAUGGGAUGAAGAUUGGGCCCUCCCGACCAAAAUUUCUGCUCCAAGAGAUCCUGGACCCGCAAACUCUCCUCAGUUUAACAAUUCUACAGUUCAGUCACAGUCAUCGAACCGGACAUCAGUACCAACAACAUGCCCUGCAGUUGACCUAGAGUGGCCUCCAAGACAAUCUUUCAAUGCCACUGCUCAGCCAGCUAAUGAUGAGACUCGGAUAAACGCAGCAGGAACACCAACAACUCCGAGUUUUGAUGAACUAGACCCUUUUGCUAACUGGCCACCACGGCCCAACAGUGCUUCCACUGCCUCUGGCGGUUUCCAUAACAGUACUACCACUCAACCUCCAAUCAACAACAGCGGUUCUGGUUUGAGAAACAAUUUAACAGACGGUAGGCAGUUUCAGACAACUAACAACGACUUCUGGGCCUUUGGUAAUGCCUCCCUCUCUUCUAUGAAAUCACAGCAAGAGACUUCGGGUAUCAGGGCAAGUAACGCAGAUCCUUUGACCUCUUUUGGGAUUCAGAAUCAGAACCAAGGAAUGCCGUCUUUUGGAAGCAGUUCAUAUGGUAACCAGAAGCCGCAAGCAGACAUCAGCUCCAUAUUCAGUUCAAGCAGAACAGAGCAAUCUGCGAUGAAACUCGCACCACCGCCUUCAAUAGCUGUGGGAAGAGGAAGGGGAAGGGGUAGAAGUGGGACAUCUAUCUCUAAGCCAAAUGGUUCAAAGCAGCAACAAACCGAACAGCCAUCUUUGUUAGAUCUAUUGUGAAUCUAGCUUUUGGUGAGACAUUGAGGUAAAAGACAGUACCUGUGAGAAAACAGACGCAUGUGCUCAUUGUUUUCUUCAUUAGUCAUUCUAAUCUCGUCUGUGAUUUAUCAUAGAGCCUCUGUGCAGUGCAAUGGAUAGGAGAUCUUAAUUGUUUUCAUCAACAUAGUGUAUAUAUCUCUUCCAGUUUGGAAUAUGUUCCAGAAAAGAAUCAUUGAUUACUCGUUGUACAUAAUAUCUCCUUCUAAAUUGAUGAUUUAUAGUUAUGUAUAACAUGUUUUGCAAGAGAUUUGAAAUCUUCUUAUGUAUCAAUUCAAU